AUGUCGUUUCUCUACCGAUCUACACCUCUUAUGCGGACCGCGGCCAGAGCGUCUGCGCUCCAGCAAUCGCCACGCCUCUUCUCUACCGCAAUUGUCCACCAGAAGUCGGCCACUGAAGCUGUGAAGGAUGGCCUCAAGAAGGUCGACCGAGCCGUAUCUGAUGUGGCUGUUGCCGGUAUCGAUAAAACAGGUAUGCUUGAACCUAAACAUCGAUUCACCGAUUCCGCUAACACGACGAUCGCAGUCGAACUGAAGGACAAAGCUUCCGACGUCGCCGGAAUCGAGAGCUCGAAAGCUAAGGGCAAGGCCUCGGAGGUAACCGGUGAAGCCAAAGGCAAAGCCGCUGAACUGUCAGGCGAAGCCAAAGGAAAGGCUGAAGAAGUGAAGGGGAAGAUGUCAUAA